AUGGAUAAAAGACAACAAGAGGAUUCAUGCUAUUAUUGUGGAGAAAAAUGGCACAGAAUCACAUACUGCCAAAGAAGACCACCUAAAUCUCCUGCAGUCGCUGAACCCAAGAUAAAGACCACAGAAACAAGCACUCCUAUAUACAAAGACACAAACUACGGUAUGUCUGAUCUACAUAAAACAAAUAUACCUACCUUUCCUCCAUCAGCUGAUUCCCCAGCAUCUUAUGAUUCAGAUGAGGGAUCUGUAGAGAUGGACUACAAUGCUCCGCCCUCAGAUGGCAUGCGUUCAUUCAUGAGCGAAUGUCCUGAACCUAUGGUGGCUACCAUGACUACUAUUCCCAUCAGCUGGGCCGCGGUAAAGAAGAAUACUGUUAAACAUCACUUGUGUGCCCCUGGUCUUGUAAAAAACAGUGAUGGUACUAUCAUACCAAGAGAAAAACUCACCAAUUAUGAAAGGUAUCUGGCUGAAAAGAGGUUUGUGGAAGCUAAUCCCCUAGAGCUAUCAUUCAAACAAGACCCUACUUACACUUCUGUACAACCAGCUACCAUGGGUAUAAUGAUGACUACAUCUAAAGAACCCCCUGAGGACACCUUCAACCAAGUGUCAACCUGCUCUUCUUCACAACCAGUUAUCUCAGGUAUGCUAUUACCUAUUGUAACACUGGUUGUCAAAUCUGGAUUAAUAAAGAACAACAACGAACCCAUCUCUACAUUAAGGAGAAAAGAAAAUUCCAUAUCUGAAGACAUAUCACCUGACCGUAUCAGAGUCUCAAAACGGUACAAUUGUACGUCUUGA